AUGGGAACCGGCCAAUUUGACAAAGCCGCCAUCUUGAGCUACGACUUCUCCAGCGUUGAGGCCCACUCUCCUGGCUUCACGAUCUCCCCCCAGGAAGUCCAAGCUAUUGGCUCUGCCUUCGGUGACAGCACCUGGGCCAUGCAGAACGGUGUCACAAUCGGCGGAGAGAAGUUCCUUGCUAUCAAGGCCGACGAGCAGAGUGUUUACGGCAAGAAGGGCAAGGAGGGCGUUAUCAUCGUAAGGACGCCUUCCUGCAUCUUGGUCGGCCACCACUCCGAGGCCACCCAGACUACCAACGCCGCCGCUGCCAUCGAGAAGGUUGGCGACUACCUCCGCGGCGGUAAAUGA